UCAAAAUGGCGGUGGAACGUUUGUUGUGUUUUAUAUUUUGUAAUUAUCACUUUAUAUGACCGGAACGUCGUCUUUGUUGUGUGCUGUCACGAUGUUUAAAUUAUGCUUUUAUGUUAUUUACACGCAAAUUUAUUGUGUAGUCGAAAAUGUAUUUUAAAACUUCAGCAAAUUUAGAUUUGCCGUUAAAUUAGUUAAACAAAUGGGUGGAUAUGAACAUAAACGAUAAAUAGAAGAUUAUGUUUUAUGUAGACUACUCAUUUUUAAAAUUUUUUUGAAUUAAACUCUCAAAGAUUAGAUAAUGUUAAUAUAAUGGUGUUGCAAGGUACGAAGGUGUGUCGUUCUUGAAAUGGCAAUAUCUGUCAAUGGUAUUGACAGCUUUAGAUGUGUACCGAACAUCAUGGAAAACAAGGCAUUUGAAACCAAUGCUUCUUUUCCAUCACACCAUAUUGAUGUACACCAUGGACCAAUCGAAAAGGAGGCAAGUUUGCCAUUGAAUGAAGUUAAUCGUUUUGAAAAUUAUUUUCCCCUUAAUAACCACAACCAUGAUAAAGAUAGCGUUACUUUCCAAGUUCUUCAAAAUAUGGUGCCUGAAGGUAACGACGAAUCAAACUUAACAGACACACAGUGUAAUUCAAACGAAAAUUUUAACGCUGAUGGAUGUGUGAAAUUAGCAUUUCCGAUGACAUCUGCUUUUUCAUAUUACUUUUCUCAGUUAUCGGAGGAAAGUGAAGGUGCUUCCCCAAUGCAUCACGAACUGUUCGAGAAAGAGCCGGUUUUCCCUAUGCGUGAAGCAAACCACUAUGAGUAUUUCAACUUGAAUCACCAUCAGCAUGAAGACAGUGCAACAUUACAAGUUUUACAAAACAUGGUCGGUGCAGAGAACGGAGAGCCUACGUUUGUCUCGCCAGAUCCCAACGGGUGCCACCCGAGCAACGUGGUCGAUAUGAGUGUUGCUGGCCACGAAAUUGAAGCAGUGCAGAGAAACUAUUUCAAGUGCGAGAUAUGCAACAUUUUGUAUUCGGAUGAGAUUAGCUUGAAAGAACAUUGUAAGCAGUCUCACCGUGCCAAGCGUUCGAAGAAGAAGCCAAAGGAAAAUGGCGGGGAGAACAAGUUAGGUUCUCACUGUCCAUUGUGCAGCAAAUAUUUCACUUAUCGGUUCAACUUGAAGCGUCAUAUGAAACUUCACACGGGCGCUCCAUUUGUAUGUGAAAAAUGUAGCAAGAGUUUCAUGAUCCUUACGGAUUUCAAGAAGCACCAGAAAGUCCCUUGUAUGCAGGAGAACCAAUCUGCUAGUCUUGCUUGUUCUACAUGAGCACUGAAGUAGGUAUUGUACACAUGUGCACAUACAAGUUUUUUUUUUAAUGAGUACAACUGCUUAGCAUUGUGAAUGGAAAUUGUAUAAAGUAUGUGAAAUCCAAGUCAACUUAUCAGGCUCAUUUAUGUCAGUGUAAAGUAGGCCUACAGUAAAUCAACUCAUUUUUUCUGCUAAUAAGUAGACUACAGAUAAAUUCACACAACUAGCUUUGAUGGGGUUAUGGUGAGUCAUUGUGUAUGUCAUUUUAUUUUUUUUUUCAGACAUACAAAACCUCUAAAUAAUGAAAUAAUGAUACAACAAAUUAAAACAUGAUUAAGAUUGAUUGUUUCUGACUAAGGGAUAAGGUGAAAUAAGAAUUUAGACUCAAAAACCGUCUGUAUCAUCACAAAAUUCUCUUAAACAUUCCAUCUGCUCGGAAUGUAAUAUGUUACCUGAUUUUUAACACCUUAACUAAAAUUAUAGCUACUUACCUUUAAUGAGGUAUUUUUUUUAACAUAUGACAAGGCUUGGAAGUUUUUGUAGUCUUACUAUUUUUAAAGUAUAGUUAUUUAAAUAUUUUAAAUAAAUAUUAUUUACAGAAUUUGGAAAAUAAUAAACUUGGCCACUAUUAUUCAUGCAGGAUUAGUAGUGUUGCCUGGGGCAAAUCAGUCCCAAAUUGAAGGUAGAAUCUUCAAAGGAGCAUUUCGAGACACUGUAUUCAGCACACUCCUGCAGUUAAGUGCUGUGAGCGGUUUUGUCAUAGGAGUUUGUUUACUUUUGGGUCAAUAGAACUUUAUGUUUAUAGAGCAGGAGUUCCCAAAUUUCGUCAGUUCGCUGCAAAUAUACAGGUUUUAGUAUUUUGUCGCGGCGCCCUAUCUUGUCGAAAUAUGUGUACAAUGACCAGAAAGAUAAUAAAAGUUUUUUUUAUGACAGUAGUCACAGAAAUGAAAACGGCCACAAUCCGAGGCUCACAUAGGUGUGUGUGUAUGUAUAUAUAUAUAUAUAUAUAUAUAUAUAUAUAUAUAUAUAUAUAUAUAUAUAUAUAUAUAUAUAUAUAUAUAUAUAUAUAUUAUAAUUGACACACAAGAAUAUAUUAUUAUACUAAACAAUUCAGUUUCAAGUUAAUCAAUGUGACGUGUGAGCUUGGUGAUCUCAUUUCCAAGUACAUCGUGAGCGUGAGUACAGCGCACUCAAUUUUAAUUGUUAAUUGUGAAUAUAAGUAAGUUAAGUUUCCGGAGAACAGAGGGGAGGAGCGCCUCGCGGUGCCCCUGUUUGCUCUGCUCUGCACGGCACGGCACGGCACGGCACACACUUUGGGAACCUCUGCACUACAGUGUUCAUGAGUUCAUAUUCUUCUGUGUGCAUGUGAAACCAAGAAGAAUGUUUUGCUUUCUACUCUGCUUGAUGCACCAAACACAGCUACACUUGUCAAUGUGUAUGGGUUAUGUAGCUGUCUCAUUCUCGAUGGAGGGUUCUGACAUGUCUGGCUGGCCAGAUGUUUUGAAUGAGAUGAGGUGGUCGCACAGCGGUAGUAAAACUCGGGGCGGCGGGACCUACUCGGGAUUUAACCCAGAUCCUCUUGUUUAAUGGUGAUUUGUCUGACCAAUACACCACAGCAGUACAUAGUUUGGAAAAUGAUUGCAUGAACCAUUAAAAAAAUUAAUUCCUGUGAAUGAUCUGGUAUAAUUAGAAAGGAAGUAGCAUCAGUGGUGGUAGAUGUCUGACAUUGUAAGAUUAUGUUUAUCUUGGACAAGAUAGAGCCUGUAUUUUAUGAGCAGGGUGAUGAUACCUUUUGCUAGUUGAGACUUGGGGUGUAGUCAAGGGGGAGUUUAUCUUGAUACAUUCCUCCCUGAAAUUCUGCAAAAGAGGUAUGUGUGCUUUUGCAGGUCUGUCAGAUUAGAUGACGAUUGGUUUUAAUCAACAUUAAGGGCAACUAUAAAUCUUUAGCAGACAAUGCCCGAAAUUUGAGUGGAUGGGACACAUUUUUACCAAGCAAAGCUGUGGUAACCACAGCGAAAAGUAAUAAUUAUAGUUGGUGCUUGAAUACCUACUGGCUAAAAAUGGGAUGCUUUAUAUCACCCGAGCGCACUGCGUAGGAAUUCAUCAGCUACAUGGUCCACAGUAAAUUGCGGGUUAAACCAUCAUUGUCCUUUAAGCAGAAGGUCUUUAAUUUUUUUUAUGGAACGUAGGCCAGAUUGUUCUUUGUAUUUUUUAUUAUUUAAAAUUUAUUCCAUAUGACAAUUGUAUGUAUGUGAAAGUGAUAUUGUCAUUAUUAAAUAUAGACGGCCUAUAAUUUUAUUCUUUUAAUUGUUUAUUCACUUUGGUUCACUCAUUAAAAUAGAAGCCAUUUGCAUUUGCAAUAUUCGAUACCAUAUUCUUUAAGUACCAUUUGGACAGUAUUUUAAUAUUAAGCCUAGUGACUAUAACAUGAUCAGUUUAUUUUGUUGGUUGUGUUCUUUGACUGUCUUGCCUUAAAACUUAGAUUGUAGAUUCAAAUUUUAAUCCACAGUUCUUUUUAAUUAUGUGUUCAUACCGAACCGAAAUUAUGAAAACAGAUAUGUUCAUUUGCUGACUCAGUAUUUUGUAAUGUUAUAGGCAGAUGUCUCCUGUGGAAGGGUAAUCUAGUUCAUGCAAGAUUUUUUUUUUUUUUUUUUUUUUUUUUUUUUUUUGCGGUUUAUUAAUGUUUUUGGCCUUAACAACAAUGAGUUGCAUAGGUCUGUCUAAUAUGCAAUAGUUAUUUUAGUUAUUUAACUUAAUACUAGAAUAGUUUAGUGGAACAAUUUUCCCAAGUUACACUUUCACAGAAAAGCACACAUAAAUUUUAUCAACACUUUUAUACAAACAGAACCAAAUAAAAUAUACAUUUUGUCUUUUUUUCCCACCUAAUCACUUAACAUUUGAGAGUAGGGUAGGGCCAAUGUUACCCUCUUCCAGCUGAUAGGAACCAAAAAAUGUUGUUGAAACAUUACCUACCAAUCAGCAGAACAGAAAUUAGUGUAUAAUGUAUGUCCACCAAUCUUAAAGUGGGUAUGUAAAUUUAUCCGGGUAGUAAAAAAAAAAAAUUCUGGAAAAAUAUGUGGUUGCAUUCCUGCUCACUAGUCUCCCAUUAAGGUUAUCUUGCUUUUUUUUUUUUUUUGUUCCUGGUGGGAUCAUGCCUGGAUUCUUUACAAAUGGAAGAUGGCAGAUGUUGCCGUGGAUUUUCCGGGGGUCUUCCGUUUUCCCUUAUACAUUUAUUUUGUUGAAGCCAAUGACUUAAAUUCUAGUAGGCCUAUAUAUAAUUACUGUGCAUUUUACGUAAUUAGUACAGAAAAUUCCCAAUUCAUUAUAGAAUUAAAAUAAUGCCAUUACAUGUCUGUAUUUUACCUGCUGUGUAAAGUUUUGUUUAUGUCAGUGAAAAGCAGAUACACAGAAUUAUGUGAGUAAUAGAGCAUAUAAAAAAUGCACUUGGUUAUAGAAUGGAUUUAUUAAUUUGCUUGCAAGUUUUUUUUAAUGUUGUGUACAAUGCCAAAAUUGUAGGAAGCAGUAUUUUCUCCUUUAUUGCAACUUCUGCAAUAACGAUUGUGAAUGUCUGAAAGAUUUUUAUCAACCUUAUCCCAUAGCACCUAGACGUAACGGAUUUUGCAACGUUAUGUUACUAAUGUUCAGAGAACAGGAAAGUUGUAGUCAAAUUAUAUUUAGCAGAAACAAUGAUUUGUUGCCAUGAAAUUUAAAAAGCAAUUUUUUCUAUAUGUCAUUUUAUUUUAGGGGGAAAAAAAAUAGGUUUCAUGCAGUUCAAUCUAUGUUUGUAAAAUAUUGAAAAAUUUACAAAGCUUUUAAUUGUUAUUCAUGAAAGUGGGAUCCUUAAAAAAUUCUCCAAAAAUUGGAAGAGUCAGUUUCCACAUUUACCACAAUUUUAUCCAAACAGUGCUCCCCCUCCCAAAUAAAAAUCUGUUUAGGCUCAUAUUUUAGAAUUAUUUCCUUAAAAUUUUCAUGUGUGUUGAAAAGUUGAUAUGGAUUGGGAGACAUAGUAGUUACAAUUUCAACAAUAAAACUGUUUGCAACAUAUCAUUAAUCUCUUGAAAUGGUAGUUACGGACCUUUGGGGUGUAAAUAUGUCACUGUCAUGCUAAUGCUAUGCAUGUGUAAGAUAGCGAGAGUACUCUGCAAAGUUGUAAACAGCAAUAGGUUGUUUAUUGUUGAUAGCAAAUGUUGCUAACUCAACUUGUAUUAGAAGUGAAGAUAAUUCUUAGGUCUAGUCUUGUUGUGUUGUGGUUUAAAAAAAAAUUCAAAAAUAUAUUGAUUUAAUGCAGUCAUGAAAUUUGACAGAAUAAAACCUGUGUAAUUAUAACACUGAUUUAUCAUGUACCAUUCUGUUUUGUUUUGAAAUUCCAAUGUAUUAUAAACUGAAGCACUCAUACUAAAUGUUUGGGUAAACAACAUUUAUUUAAUAUGUUGAUUUAAGUGAAAAAUUUUAUAAUUGUCUUUAAAAUAAAUGGUAAUUGAGUUUUUAAGAGCAGCCUCAUUGUACACUUUUCAAAUUUUUUCUGUAAAUGAUCUGAUGUAAAAUAGUGGAUAUGCAUACCUACUUUGUUAUUAUGUUUACAUUUACUUCAUUAAUAUACAUAAUUUAAAUUCAGUUUUUUUUUUAAAAUCAGAAAGUGUCCUAAUGGGUUAUUUAUUCGUUCAUAAACUGAAUUAUUUAAUUGUUAUGUAUAUAUUCCAGCUGUAUUUUCAUUGGCAUACUUAUACCAUCUUCUAGUGUUUAUAGACUCUGAAGUCUGUUUAUUGUGAAGCAACUCAUGUAAAGUGUCAGAGCCCUGGGUUAAAAAAAAAAACAAUAUCUUGUAACAUUUUACUUAAGACUUAACAGCCAGAUCUAUGCAAACUAAUUUUGAGUGUCUUUUAAACACCAGCAUUGAAAAUGCAAAAUAAUUUUUUCCUGUGACCAUAAAAUUGUUUGUAAAUUGUUGGAAUGAUUUACCUAACUAGUUCUUAGUUUGAUAUCUCGUUUCCACAAAUUGUAUUAUUCUUUGAAUCUAAUGUACCUGUUGGAAGGUAACACACAUUUAAAUGUGUGUGUACAAUGGGGCUGCAUAGCUUACACAGCAGGAUUCUAAUGGGAUCUUGAUGUCUGCACAUGUAAUUUUGUACAGUUUGUACAUCCAUUAAUGCUGUUGUGAGCAGACACUGCUGAGUUAGUACUCUCUCCAUUCGAGUGCAAAACAAGUUUUUUACAUUAAAAAAAAAAAUCAUGAUCAAUUGCCCAGCUGCAUUUAGCUUGUUUAUUGUAAUGUUUAAUCAAGCUGGACUUAUAAUUGUUUUGUCCAUGUUUAUCUAUUUUUUUAGCUUUGUUGUAGCUUUAUAUAUUUUCCUAUGGUGAUAGAUAGGUUCCCCCCCCCCCCCCCCCAAAUUAUACAUUUCUUUGUAGUAUUUUUCCAUGUAUGUAUUAUUUUCACACCAUUUAUAGAAACCCUGCAUCGACUGCAUGUGACAUUGUAGGCCUUUUUUUUUGUACUAAAAUUAAGAAAGUUUCCGUGGUCCAUUAUCUUCACAACAUCAGAGGGGCAUGGAAGUAGUAGUAUUCCAGGUGCUGUUAUAAACGAAAAAAGUAAUUUCAUUAUUCACAAAUUUUGGCAUCCAACGAGGCCUAACUGCCUUCAUUCCCCUUGAAUGAAAUAGAUAUGUAAAGAUGAAAUAAAGGUAUGUUGGGGCGGUAUAUUGGAGGUAAUCCUGAAGUUGCGACCAUCCAUUUCACGAUCACUAAAAAUGCUGUGUUCCUUAAACUCGACAAAUAUUGGCAUUCCAAAAUCCAACAUGUCUCAGUUUUUAUACAUUUGUAAUCAUCUUUCUUUUGAGCUUACACGAACCCACAGUCAAAGUAGUGGCGAUAGAGGUACUGAGUUUUUGGGAGGGCCUUUUAAAUGUGGGUUGGUCAUUCAGGAACAAGAAGUAGGCAUGGAAACUCAGACUUUUGUAUUUGAGUUCAGGUGUUUCCACUUUGUGUUGGAAUUUUUCUGUGUUCUUUGUGACAAAAUUUUGCUGUUGGCGUAAAUAUUCACCGAGAUGUCACUAAUAUUUUUUAUUUGAUGUUUGUUGGCUGGCCUUAGGUUUUUAGCUGCAGGUAGCCUCCCGUAGGCUGUGGGUAUUAAUCUCGUCUCUGGAAAUGAGUGUACUCAGAUUAUUUGUUAAGCUGUUCCUCUUUGAAUCCUGUGGAAUUGAGUGGUGUGGGGAGCAAAUAUCCUCUAAAAAUAUUAAAUGGACACAUUAUGUAGGUAUAAAUAGUUGGAGAUUGUUCACGUAAAUCAUGUGGAAAUUCUCUAAAAAUGCUUUAAUUUUGCUUAUUGUGUAUAAAAAAUUAACCUAUGAUUAAAACAAGUUAGAAAAUCUUAUUGAAUGAUCUUGAAAAAAGUCCUGAAAUUGGGUUACAAAGUAUUUGUAGACUCCCUGUUGUAGUUUGUGCGUUCUUCUAGUAACCAUUCCUCUUGAACGAUUAAGUGGUUCCAAAACACCCCACUUUAGUAUUUCUUAAAAGGUUUCACAACAGAAGUUUCUGGCGUCUGUUUCGCCCAGUCUGUCUGAAAAUUCCUUAUGCACUGCACAUUUACAGCACCUUGGGUCCGGCAGGAGUUUUUAAGAGAGAGUAAAUCAAAAGUAUAUUUUGGAUUAUUCUCGUAAAUAAACAAUACAAAAGUCAUUAUUAUUUAAAUAUUGUUGCAAAAUUAUAGUUCUUUUAAAAAAUUCUCAAAACCAAAAUAUUGAAAUAAAAAGUGUCAACUUUUUGGCUUUUAAUUUCCUCACAAAAUUUAGGCACUUCAUUUAGAUAUCCUCUGUAUUAACUGCGGAUCAAUGCUCCUUGUAUAGGUUUGGUAAUGGAAUUCUGCAUAUAAGGCAAGAAAAAAUACUUGUCAGAUAUAGUCACUAUGCAGUCAUUUUGCACCUUCAUGUUGCUUCGUGUUGUAAGAAAUUGGUUUACACGUUAUAACAGCAUCUGGAACGUGGGUUUCUAUUGAACAAGCAGUGUGGGAAUAGCUGGAACAAUGCAAUCCAGGAGUACGUACAAGACUUGUGGAUUUUGAAUCUCUCAAAAAACAGUGCUGUUACUCGUUUUAUAGUGCACAGUUUCAAAAGUUACAAUAGAUUUUUUUAUUGUACUAAUACAUCACUGAGCCUAAUAAAUAUUGUUUCACAUAAUGCACCAAAAAUUAUUUUGUAUAGUAGUAUAUAGUUACUUUUAGCUUGCAGGUAUAUUGCAACAAAAAGGUGUGUUGAAAUUGAUGCCAGUAUUUUUAGUCUUUAUGAACUGUAUUAUUUGUCUAUAUUUUAUUACGAGAUUAAAUCUCAUUGCAUGAAUUAGGUUUUUUUUUGUAUUUAAUUGUAUGCAUGUUUGUUAUUUUAUUACAAAAUGCCAUAUUAGAGUUACUGUAGACUGAAUAUUUAGCAGUUAAAACUAACAAUGAAGUUGCUGGAACACGUACAUUGCCACGAAAAUUAUGUCUUUGAAGUAUUUAUUUGAAUAUUUAUUUGUAUUUUAUUGACUAUUGAAAAUAUUGUAAUUUGUUUGAUUGAUAAUUUUUAAAAAACAAUUGGGUCACAAUUUCAUAAUUGUUAUAUUUUCACACUUGGUUUUGACAACUGUAAUUACGUACUGUAUUUAAUACCUGUAAUAUAGCGUUAAUGUGAUAAGUAAAUUGUAUAUUUUGCAGAUAUACUGUCUUCAAAAACAGUAAAAUUGUUACUGUACUCCCUAAAAAUAGGUGGGCUUUGCACUUCAUUCUUUGAAUCUCAUUGUGCAUUAGAACGACAAAGUAUUUUUGUGCAAUUUACACCAUUGACUGAAUUGUCUCAAGUCUUAUUAAUAUACACCAGUGAUACACACAAAUGCACAGUUUUAAGUAUGUUUAUUACUACUUAUGUAAAUCUUUUUCAGUGUGUUAACUACUGUCAUUAAGAAUAUCAUUGAAUGGACCUUAAAAGAUAUUAGUAUUACUAAGUUCAACUUACAUGAAACUAUCCACAAUAUUUUCCACUCAUGUUCUGUAUUUGGACCAAAACCAGCAACGUCUCCAUUCUUAAUUUCUUUCACUUCAUCUCUUUCCCGUUUUCUCUGUCUUUUUUAUCAUCAGUUAAAAAUUUUUGACACAGACAUAUCAAUCAGUCUGUCUAAUAGUGUGUCUUUUUGUCACAUAAUGUUCUUAAUUAGUUCUACACACACUAAUAUUUUAUAUUCUUUUAUCUUAUUUUCUUUUUGAUAUGAAUGUGUUUUAGUCAGCCAUGAAGAGAUUAAACUUGCGAAACAGUUUGGGCAUUAAACUUGGUCUUAUGAAUUGCAGUAAAUGUAAUAAUAAUAAUAAUAUAAACAUUUUAAAGAUGCUUUAUCAUUUUUAUACAAAAAGAUCAAAUCUUUAUAGCAUAUCAAAGUAUGAUAAAAUUUGUUUGAAUUGUUUACAUCAUCCUGUUUGUUUUAUAAAUGUUUUUAUUUAAGUUAUUUUAUUCAGUGCCCAGUAAAUUAUCUUUCUAAGCAAUUAUUUUAUCAAUAUUUGUGUACGUAAUAAUUUGUGUUACAUGUUCUAAGCUGUACAUAUUUUAGAAGUUUUUGUUAAUGAUUUUAAUUUUUGUGUUUUAUUUUAUACUCGUAGGCUGAUAAUUUUAUUGUCAUGUGCUUCUUUGUUUUUCAAAUGGAUUCAAGUUCAGUUAGAAAUCUCUCUUAAAAUAGGAAAUUUCUAAUGUGGCUUUCAUAAGUUCACCUAUCAUGUGUUACAGUUGGCAGAAAUUGAAUAUAUACAUACAGUAUUUGUAUGUAUAAAUAUAUUUUUUAAAUUAAUUUUCUGAGACAGUCCCUAGCAGACAAUUUUAUAUAGUAGAUCUAUGUAAAAACAUUGACCUGGAAACCCCUAGUUUGACAUUAAUGUGGUUGAUAGAUCAAUCCGUUAUUUCAAUAAAUUUAAAAUAGAUAAUAACUGAAUUUUUUUUGCCUUUGCUGUAAAUAUGAAUGCAAUUAGUAUCAUGUUCUGAAUUUUAAACCCAGUGGGUUUCAUUUUUUAAUUAUCUUUGAAAGAUUUGUGCAAUGGGAGUGCAUGACUUGAUGUAAGCUUUUGGACAUAUGCCAUUGCUAAGCACAUGUAUGUCUGUAGAAGAACACUACAAAAAAAAAACACAAAAGACAAAAAACACAAAUUAAGCAAAAUAUUUGCUGUUGUCAACAGGAUAUAAACACCACAUAAUAUUCCAUAAUAGGAAUAUGGUCGACAAACAAAGAAAAACAAAAAAAAAUUGAAUAACAGAACGAAAAAAAAACCCACAAAUGAUGACAGCACAAAAAUAUUGAACCCAAAAAAAUUCAGCACAACGCUUGAAACGAGACAAAAACACAGCAAAACGAAUUGACGAAACAAACACAAUAGUUUUCCAAAAAACAGAAGAGAACGAAAAAAAAACCCACAAAUGAUGACAGCACAAAAAUAUUGAACCCAAAAUAAUUCAGCACAACAGUUGAAACGAGACAAAAACAUGACAAAAUGAAAAGACGAAACAAACACAAUAGUUUUCUAAAACAGAAACAAGCGACGUUUCGGCCGCGUCUCUGCCUGAGGACGGGAGCAGAUAGCAGUUCCCGAAACGUCGCUUGUUUCUGUUUUAGAAAACUAUUGUUUGUUUCGUCUUUUCGUUUUGACGUGUUUUUGUAUAGUUUCAAUUGUUGUGCUGAAUUUUUUUGGGUUCAAUAUUUUUGUGCUGUCAUCAUGUGUGGGUUUUUUUCGUUCUGUUAGUCCAUUUUUCUUUGUUUUUCUUUGUUUGUUGAUCAUAUUCCUGUUUUGGAAUAUUAUAUGGUAUUUACAUAUAUCCUGUUGACAACAGCAAAUAUUUUGCUUAAUUUGUGUUUUUUGUCUUCUUUUUUUAUUUAUUUUUCUUCUACAGACAUACAUGUGCUUAGCAAUGGCAUAUGUCCAAAAGCUUACAUCAAGUUCAUUUUUUUAAUUUAUAAAUAAAUUUUUGCCUAGGAUAUGCAGCAUAUUUGUUUAGAAUUUGAGUGGGUGCAAAUCAGGAGAGGAUUUCCUUGAGCAUGUGUGUCAAGAAAUGUGAUUUUUAAAUGCAGCAUUAAUUAAGAACUUCCAAAACUGCUGUUGUAUGGGGAUUUUCGAUAGUCAUCCCUAUCAAAAGCCAUGCUGUUCAUCCGUUUAUCGAUGAUCUAUUCUUGCUCUUCUUGUAAAUAUACACACCCUGGCACGUUAGCUUUAUACCUGGGUAUUUGUCAUGUUUAUCACAAUUUGGACACAAUCUUCAUUUCUUCCAGUUUUUCUGGAAACUGAUUUUCUAUCUGUAUGCUUGCCAUCCUGAAUAACCAUUGUGUACCUACCUACCCCUCUGCUUUUACCAUCUUUACUGUUCUCAUCAACUUUACAUGAGUCCAUCUUUUAUUUGUUUUUAAGUUCAUAAGUUCAUACAUCUUCCAACUUCCUUAUGAUACUAGAUACUAACUACGGUAUUUUCAACCCGUCAUCGUUUUUGCUCUUAAAUUCUUUGAGUGAUAUAUUUCCAAAUGCUUUAUUCUUUGCUUCUACAAUUAUUGUACUCCAUAUUCCUUGUUUUUGUGUAUCCUGUAAUUAACAUGUACCUCUUGUUAUACCAAGUAGAUAUUAGUUAACAAACGCCUUAGUCAGAAUGUGAGCAGCUUGAUUGGUGCCAGAUAACAUAAUGUACCAAACUGAAGUAUGCCUGAUUUAAAAGCACAUACUUUGGUAACAGAUUCAUGGUUUUCAUUUUCAUACAGGAAGUUUUCUUCUCUUUGUAGUUCAUAUAUUCUUCCUACUUAUAUCUUGCUUUGUUUCUGCCCUCAUUAAUGCUUCUUAUAUGUCACCAGAAUUAUAGCUACUCAUUUAAUCUCUCUUUGACAUUCAUAUUUUUUAUUAUCCAAUAAGUAACUAUUAGAUGAUCAAUGAAUGUUAUUUCCCAUUGCAGCUGCAGUUUUCAAAUUUUUUUCUAGAUCCUUUUCUUUAAAUUUUGGUUUUAAAAUGAGACAAAUUUUAUUUUUGUAUUUUUACACAUGCAAGACUCUUGGAGUAUACACCUUAAGUAAGUUAUUUUUACUUUAAAUUAUCAUUCUCUAGAAAAUUGUGGGUGGGGGAAUAAUUUUUAUAUUUAACUUGUGGGAAAAAGUUUUGUAUUUUGUGCAUUUAGAAUUGAAAUUGUAAAUUUCACCUCUUGCCAAAUCAAGUAAAAGACAAUCCAUUCUUAAUGAUCAGCUUUUAAAAUAAAAUUAAAAUAUUUAAUUCACUAUUCAAUUACUUUUUUAAUAACCUUUGUAUGUAUUUCAGGCAAGGGUUUUUGUUAAGUAUUCUGUAUGUAAAUGGUCAGCCAAUCUGGUAUCUAAGCCAGUAUCUUGUUGGGGAGAAAUCAUUCCAAAAUUAUCCAUUAAAACCAUGAAUUCAUAAUGUAACUACAAGAAGUAAAUAUUAAAUGUGAGUGUACAAUCAUUUCUUAGAAAGUUCAUGCAAAUUAUCAUUUUGAGCUUGUGUGUAAACUUUAUAUUACACUCAACAAAUUUGCACAAAAUUUUCUCAUCCUUUUUUUGUGGCACUGAGAAAAUCACAUUUGGGAAUUAAUUUGUAACCUAUGUGGCCAGUAUUUUACUAUGGUUUCAAUGUACUACAUUUAUGUUGUAUAGCAACUAUCAAUUUUUGCUUUUUAAAUGUCAGCUGUGUGUGUACGUCCUACAUAAAAAUUAGUAUUGUUUAAACUAUUAGCGUAUUUGCUGUUUAUCUUGUACUGUAACUUGCUGUAUUUAUUUUAGCAUUGUCUAAACAGAGCACAAAAUUAAAGGUAUUUUAAUUUUAAAAAAAAAUUAUGCAAUUACAGCAAUGACAUUUUGUGUAAUUUUUACCCUUUUUUUUAUUAUCAGCUUUGACUACAUUCUGAAAUUAUUUGGCUCUGGCAGUAUUGAAUUUUUUGUUUAUCUCUGUGUGAAAAAUAUUGUAUAUUUUGUAGCGCGAAAUGAUGCAUAGCGCAUUGCAUUUAUGUAUUGCUUGGGAUGAAAAUUGUGUGAAGAGUAAUAAAUAACACAAGAACAUCACAAAGCAGUAAAGUAUAUAUUUAUAUAAGUAGGUUAUAAAUUUGUUGUGUUUUUUCAAUGUUACAGUGCCAUUUGAAAUGUUAAGUUUCAAUUGUCUGUCAUAAAGAUGGUUCAUUUUAUUGAAAUUAUUUAAAGUACGUUGUAAAUGUUUAGUAAUGACUUGUUGCCGCCUGGAAGAACUGCAGUGUGUAAAUAUUGUCUACAUGUGAAAAUAUCAAUAAAUAUUUUAUUAGCCAGACUGCUAGCUGUGAUGGAUAGAAAUUUGAUUUGGAUGUGUGUCGCUGUCGUUCACAGUGUGUUUGGGAAGCGGUUUUUUUUUUUUUUUUUCAUAAAAGGAGUUAGGCAUAAACCUUACUGUCCAAACUGGUUUUGUGGGGCUGCAGAAGUGAACUUGAAACAAACAAGUUUGACCAACAUAACUUGAAGAACAUCAAACUGUUUUGAUUGUGUAAAAAAAAUUAAUUAAACUUAUAGUUUGAUAAAUUAGUUAGAAAGUGUAACUAACAACAUACAUCAUAUACAGUAUAGCAUAUAUAGUAAGCAUUGCAUGCGGAGAACAGAAAUGUAACUUAAUAAGUUGACUGAACCGCAAGUGUUCCUUAACGUCACCACACAAGUGUAUCCAUAUAGAUAUUUUUAGAGAAUAAAAUUAAAAAAGCGUUGCUUUUUUUCCUUAACAGUAUUUCAAUAAUAUUUAAAGUUCCUGUAUAUUCUGUAGCCUAAUAUAAGUAAAUACCCAAUAAACUGUCUUAAUAGUGAA